CGCUGGCCAAGUCGGCCGGCGAGCUGAUUGAGCUGCUUUUUGCUGGAGGGAGCGGCCGGGCCGCGCGCGCGCCGCCAGCACCUGCCCGCGCCGGGCCGGCUUCUUCCCUCGCCUGCGCCGCAGCCGGAGCCCCCAUGCCCCGCGCCGCCCCCCGGUGGCCGCCGCUCCCGCUGCUGCUGCUGCUGCUGCUGCCGCCGCCGCCGCCGCUCGCCCGCGGGGCCCCGGCCCGGCCCGGCGGCGGGGGGCAGGCCUCGGAGCUGGUGGUGCCCACGCGGUUGCCGGGCAGCGCGGGCGAGCUCGCGCUCCACCUGUCCGCCUUCGGCAAGGGCUUCGUGCUGCGCCUGGCGCCCGACGCCAGCUUCCUGGCGCCCGAGUUCAAGAUCGAGCGCCUCGGGGGCUCGGGCGAGGCGGCCGGGGGCGAGCGGGAGCUGCGCGACUGCUUCUUCUCGGGCACGGUGAAUGGGGAGCCCGAGUCGCUGGCGGCCGUCAGCCUGUGCCGCGGGCUGAGCGGCUCCUUCCUGCUGGACGGCGAGGAGUUCACCAUCCAGCCGCAGGGGGCCGGGGGCUCCCUGCACCAGCCGCACCGCCUGCAGCGCUGGGGGCCCGGGCUCACCGCCGCCGCCGAAGCCCACCCGCUCCCUGGAGGACCCGAGUGGGAGGUGAAGAAGGGAGAGGGUCGGAGGCAGGAGAGAGGAGACGACGAGCUGGAGAAGGAAGAGGAGGAGGAGGAGGAAGAGGGGGGCAACGAAGAGGAGGCAGAAGGCGCCAGCGAGCUGCCACCAACCCUGGGGGCCACGAGUAGAACCAAGCGGUUUGUGUCUGAGGCUCGCUUCGUGGAAACGCUGCUGGUGGCCGAUGCGUCCAUGGCCGCCUUCUAUGGAGCAGACCUACAGAACCACAUCCUGACGCUGAUGUCCGUGGCAGCCCGCAUCUAUAAGCACCCCAGCAUUAGGAAUUCCAUCAACCUGAUGGUGGUCAAAGUGCUGAUCGUGGAAGAUGAACAAUGGGGCCCCGAAGUGUCUGACAACGGGGGGCUGACGCUGCGCAACUUCUGCAACUGGCAGCGGCGUUUCAACCAGCCCAGCGACCGGCACCCAGAACACUUUGACACAGCCAUUCUGCUCACCAGACAGAACUUCUGUGGGAAGGAGGGGAUGUGUGACACCCUGGGCGUGGCGGACAUUGGCACAAUCUGCGACCCCAACAAGAGCUGCUCUGUGAUCGAGGAUGAGGGGCUCCAGGCAGCCUACACUCUGGCCCAUGAACUAGGGCAUGUCCUCAGCAUGCCUCACGACGACUCCAAGCCCUGCACGCGGCUCUUUGGGCCCAUGGACAAGCACCACAUGAUGGCGCCCCUCUUCAUCCACCUCAACAAGACGCUGCCUUGGUCUCCCUGCAGUGCCAUGUACCUCACCGAGCUCCUGGACGGCGGGCACGGAGACUGUCUCCUGGACGCCCCCACCUCGGCCCUGCCCCUCCCGACAGACCUCCCAGGCCGCAGGGCCCUCUAUGACCUGGACCAACAGUGCAAGCAGAUCUUUGGGCUGGGCUUCCGCCACUGCCCCAACACCUCUGCGCAGGACAUCUGCGCCCAGCUCUGGUGCCACAUGGAUGGCACAGAGCCCCUUUGCCACACGAAGAACGGCAGCCUGCCCUGGGCUGACGGGACGCCCUGUGGGCCUGGGCACCUCUGCUGGGAUGGCAGCUGUCUGCCUGAGGAGGAAGUGGAGAGGCCCAAGACUGUGGUAGAUGGAGGCUGGGCCCCAUGGGGACCCUGGGGAGAAUGCUCCAGGACCUGCGGAGGAGGAGUCCAGUUUUCACACCGUGAGUGCAAGGACCCUGAGCCUCAGAACGGAGGAAGAUACUGCCUGGGUCGGAGAGCCAAGUAUCAGUCAUGCCACACAGAGGAAUGCCCCCCUGAUGGGAAAAGCUUCAGGGAACAGCAGUGUGAGAAGUACAAUGCCUACAAUUACACAGAUGUGGAUGGGAACCCCCUGCAGUGGGUCCCCAAGUAUGCAGGGGUGUCCCCCAGGGACCGCUGCAAGUUGUUCUGCCGAGCCCGGGGGAGGAGCGAGUUCAAGGUGUUCGAGGCCAAGGUGAUUGACGGCACCCUGUGUGGGCCGGAGACUCUGGCCAUCUGUGUGCGUGGCCAGUGUGUCAAGGCUGGCUGUGACCACGUGGUGGACUCACCUAUUAAGCUGGACAGGUGUGGGGUGUGUGGGGGCAAAGGCAACUCAUGCAGGAAGGUCUCUGGUUCCCUCAACCCCUCCAGUUAUGGCUACAAUGACAUCGUCACCAUCCCAGCUGGUGCCACUAACAUUGAUGUGAAACAACGGAGCCACCCAGGGGUCCAGAAUGAUGGGAACUACCUGGCACUGAAGACCGCCGAUGGGCAGUACCUGCUCAAUGGAAACCUGGCCAUCUCUGCCAUAGAACAGGACAUCUUGGUGAAGGGGACCAUCCUUAAGUACAGUGGUUCCAUUGCCACCCUGGAGCGGCUGCAGAGCUUCCGGCCCCUGCCUGAGCCUCUGACCGUGCAGCUCCUGACUGUCCCUGGUGAGGUCUUUCGCCCCAAAGUCAAAUAUACCUUCUUUGUUCCUAAUGACGUGGACUUCAGCAUACAGAACAGCAAAGAGAGAGCAACCACUAAUGUCAUCCAGCCCCUGAUCAAUGCACAGUGGGUACUGGGGGACUGGUCUGAGUGCUCGAGCAGCUGUGGAGCUGGCUGGCAGCGGCGGACUGUGGAGUGCCGGGAUCCCAACGGCCAGGCCUCUGCCACCUGCAACAAGGCUCUAAAACCUGAGGAUGCCAAGCCCUGCGGAAGCCAGCCGUGCCCCCUGUGAUGCAGUGGGGAGGAGGCCAGUCUUGUGCUCACGGACUUGGGGUGCUGGGGUACAGACCAAGGUCCCCACUAUGGUGACCCUACCUGUGGAGGUGGCAUGGCCUACUCAGGCCUCCCAUUGUCACAGUCCCUGCAGUUUGGCAUGAAUUUCUAAGGGACAAAAGAAGAGAGGAUAUGGACAACAGUUUCUAAAGUCUACUAUCUAGCGGAUCGGACCUUGCUUGGGUUCAAGUAGAGGGCUUAGGUUAAAAGGUAAAAAGCGCGCUUAUUGGCCCAAACAAGAGACUCAGUCAGCCUGUUUGCAAAGGACUAGCAAAGUUAAAUGAAAAAGAAAUUUUCUUCUGUUUGGUCUCCCCGAUAAAUAAUCUACCUCAGAGGGGAAAAAAAUCUGUAAAGGAGAGGUGUGGAGCAGGGGUCAAUGGGGAAUGUCAAAGCAAGCUCCCAACUGUGCCCCGAAGCUGUCUUCAGGACUGACCCUGACUGUCUCCAGUAUUAAAAUCCAUUGCCUGAAGGGCUGCGGAGUGGCGGCAUUGUGGAGGGCCACAUGUUCUCAGGCUUCCACCUGCAGGUGGAUCCGUUUCAAGUAUUUAUGCAAAUGUGUCUCCGAACUAAAGUGUGAUCUUGUGCCAAUGUA